CACAAUCGACACAUUUAUAUUCCUUGCAAACCUAACGCUGCUGCCUCUGUUUCUCGGAGUUUGUCCCCAGACAAGCCUCGAUGAUCGUACCCGAUGCGUCAUCUAGUGUGAUUCUCCGAUCUCCGCUACAGGCUUGUCUGCCAAAGUUGGUAGUGGUUGCGGAUCUUCCUGCCGAGACCGUGAUGAUAAAGGAACAACUCCUGUCUCGGUGACAAGAGCAUUUCUAUUUUCUGGCUCGUUGAGAGUUGGAUACGUCAGAUACUAUCGAAUCCAUACGUUUUUCAGUCAUGGCUAC